AUGGCUGCCAAGAUGAUGUUGCUAUCCCCACCUCCACUCCCAUUUCACACAAACAAACUACAACAAUGGCACCACCACCAUCUUCCAACUCCAAAACCAAAGAAACUUCGAGUAUCCCUUCACGAGAGUGCCGAAUUCAUCACCCAACAACAACAACUACUAAACCCCAAUUCUCUUUUUUUGCUUACAGAGACAACUGGUUAUUCUUUGGCUAGUUACUAUACUUCUCUUGGUCUUUUUGUUAUCUCUGUUCCUGGUCUUUGGUCCCUCAUCAAACGUUCUGUUAAAUCUAAAAUAGUGAAGAAGACAUUUGUAGAUCAAGUUGGAAAUAAGGCACCAAAUCUGGUUGCAGGGGAGGUGCUGUCAUUCUUUACUCGUAAUAAUUUUUCAGUGGUUGAUAGAGGAGAAACAAUCACGUUUGAAGGAGUGAUGGUUCCUAGCAGGGGGCAAGCAGCACUGUUAACUUUCUGCACUUGUAUCAGUCUUGCAAGUGUUUCCCUUGUGCUUACGAUAACUGUGCCAGAUGUUGGCAAUAAUUGGUUUUGGUUAACCAUCUUAAGUCCAUUGGCGGGUGCUUAUUACUGGACUAGAGCAUCCAGAAAGGAGCAAAUUAAGGUGAAACUAAUAGUUAAGGAAGAUGGAACCUUAUCAGAGAUCGUUGUUCAAGGUGAUGACCAACAAGUGGAGCAAAUGAGAAAGGAACUCAAGUUUAGUGAAAAGGGCAUGGUUUAUGUUAAGGGUCUUUUUGAAACAUAA